CAAACGACACUGACCCAAUGCAGGACACUACUCAGGAAAACAAUGAUGCUGACAAAGGGCCAUCACCUGUGUUCCACAUCACGCGUUCUCGUGUACAAACCCGUGCCCAGGAGAAGGCCGCCGUCGCCAUCUGUGAGCUCCCGGAGCCCCUGAUCGUGGAUCAUGAGAGGCUUGCACGUCUACAAGAUCUCACCGUGAUAAUGACCGAGGACUUCACUGUCCCACACCUGGAAAAACUCUACAGUCUGUUUGCACAGUGUAUCUACAACCACAGGCUAGAGUUUGAUAAAACUCAACUCAUUGAGGUGAGAAAUUUUAGUUAAGCACUGAAAAUGAAUGAUACAACAUCACUUCAUUGUCAAGCCCGCUAGCAGUGAGCUCAAAAUAGUUGUCAAAGUAGCGUUUCAUUGUAAAAAAAACUAUUUUCUUGCUUCAAUCUGUUAAUUGGUCCUUUGUGUUUUGGCGUGACCGACUUUGGCAUGGCCAUUUGGACACAAAUUUUCAAUAUAAAAAGAUGGCAUGUCUUGUGCAAGACCAAUGUCUGUAGGUCAAAGGUAAAGGUCACACUCAUAGGUAACAGGUCAAAUUUCCUUUUAUUCUGGCUUUCCAGACUGUAACUUGGCCAUGCAUUUGGGUAAUAUGUGAAAAGUCUUGGAAAAACUUUUCUAAGAACGGUUUCAAUAUGGUGACAUUGGCGAGCGCAACGUUGGUGCCGUUUCACUGAUAAACUGUGUAUCUACUAUCAGUAUUCAAUAUGGGUCAUGCGAACAAUAACCAUCUGAUAUAUAUGAGCCGCAUCAUGCGAUUUUGGGCCUUCAGACUUAUACUUUCUAUUAUAAUGUUUUAUGGUAUUUAAAAUAAAUAAUAUUUCAGGAAGAAAUUUUGAAAACUUCAUGACGAUAUCACUUAAAUUGCAUGAGAUACGUGUUUACAAAUGAGACCAUGUAUUGCACAUUUUGAAUACUAAAUUUGACGUCAUUCAUAUGACGUCGUUACUAAAGCACAUUAUUCAAAUGACUUCCAUAAUUAACCUAUCAAUAUUACAACUAGCUUAUGUUUUAAAUUAUUUUCUUAACACAACAUCUUUAAAGAACAUAAUUUAAGAUGAACAUGAUGUAUAAUUUAUGUAUCUUUAAUAGAUUUGGCCGUUUAAACACAGACUAUUAAUGCAGUUGAAAUAUGUCGGGACGAAGUCCAUGGUUGCUAUGGAAACAUGAGUAAACCAACGGUCAUAAAUUGUCGAGAAAAUGAUGCUCCAAUGACAUACCUUUAAAAGAAAGGAAUUUGGAAGAAAUUGAUAUACAUAGCAAAAAUCAUUAUUUUUGGCAUCUUUUAUUUAUGAUUAUUUCAUUUGUAAUAAUUACGUCCGAAGGCCCAAAAUCACGCGAUGCGGCUCAUAUAGUGUUAUUAGAAAAAUACUUUUGAAUGAUAGAUGUAUAGAAUUGCAUCCUGUUGCAUCUUACCAUUGAGUGUACCUUAAAAGUAGUUCACCUACUCACAUUAAACGUCAUAGGUAUGAUGGUCAGCAUGGGUUGUUGUGCACUUGCCAUUUCUCUGCCACAUUUCACUUGGUCUAGGAAGAGUUAUGGCCCUUGACUUAUUAAAAUAUGGUGUAAAAAGUAUAUGCUGCAUAUAGCUCUUAAAAAUAUUGAACCUACGCUUCAUAGGAAUGUUAGUUAGCAUGGCAGUUGUGCACAUACCAUUUCUUUCACAUUUUUCUUGAUCUAACCAACGUAAUGGCCCUUGAAUUAGUAAAAUUUUGUCUGAAAAACUGUCGAAUGCAGUACCAAAAAUUAUUGUACCUACACUUCAUAGAAAUGAAAGUUGGCUUGGGCUGUUGUUCACCUGCUAUACUGUCACAUAUUGCUUAGUCUAACAAGAGUUAUGGUCCCAUUGAAAAUGGGCUGGCGUAAACUCCAUGCCAACAAUCAACAAGAUCUGAUUAUGAGCUCUUCAGAGAAACAUACAAGGCUGCGUA